ACGGCAAAAAUCACUUAACUCUCAAUCGUCAUGAUUUUGACAUUUAGAUUAAAUUUAGAAAAAUAAUAAAUGCACUUAAGCAUACUUUAAAGUCUACUUAUCUAGCUCCAAACAUAUAGCUAAUAAUCUAUUAAUUUAACACAAUAUCAAUAAUUUCGUAGUUCGUUCGUUUAUAUUUGGUUCUUACAAGCCUUUAUAAAUAUUAUAUACUUAAUUAAAAAAAAAAAAAAUGUAUAUAUAUAUAGUUAGCUCUAAUUGUGCUUAACAGCAAUAUCUUUUAUCGAUGUUUUCAUAACACAAUACUUUAAUAAUACCCGUUCUACAAAGUACAAGUGUUUUUAGAAAUGUUUAGAUUUUUCUCUCCCAUCCCUAAAAGUUCACAACUUCUUCUUCUGUCAUACUCCACCGCAACAUACUCGUUCAUUAUUUUCUUAGUUUCCGGCACAUCUGGCUUUGUUUGGCCUGGCACGGCGCAGCUGAUUUUCUAAAUUCCAAAACCUCCGAGGUGGUUGUGGCGCCCCUGUACUCUAAAAAGCCAGCCAGUCAAACAACCAGCGAACGACCUACACAAAAAGCCAGAAUACAGACAAUUUACGUGUGUUCUCUCGCCUGUUCAGCUGAGUAAAUGAAAACGCGAAACGCUCAGCGAGUAGCACGGCAACGUUGGUGGAAUAUCUAGGGGUGGCGAGCGGUGAGCCAUGUAAAAUGCUGUAGUAUGAUUACAACAACAAAACAAUAACAAUAAACAAGAAAAAAAGCUACGAAAACAGAAACAGCAGUGACUAGUGUAUUAGCAGCAGGCACCAAACAGUCAGUGAGCCAGUGAACCAGUGAAGGCAGCAGCGCGCAGCAAUUUAGUCUGCAUUUGUUUUCUUUGUUUAAAACAUUACAAAAUUAAUUUAGUGCGCAAUAGAAAUUAUUAUUCAAUUUUUACAAUUUCAUUUUUACAAUUGUCGAUGAAAAUUACGUCACAUACAAUCACAAACAUUGCAUUUGCUUGAAGAAAUGAAAAGCGAAUAAAACAAAAAUAUGUGAAUAAACAGAAUGCUACAAAAGCAAAACGAUUUGAAAGAAGUGAAAAAAAAAAUAUUACAAACGCUAUAAAAUCUGAAAUACAUACACAAAAGUCAUAAAGGGAUUUUCGAGUGCAGUUUCAAACAAAGCGCAUAGCGAAAAACGAACGAGAAAAAGUUAUAAAACACCAGCAAAAGCCAGCAAUUGCCUUCGCCUGGCAGCGAGUGCCCACGAAUGCAUUUUGCUCAUAUGUGCCAAAACUCAAGUGUCCACGAUUCAUCGUACAUAGUGGUCGGUGUCGGUAACGAUAUCGUCGUCGCUGUCGGAGCGAGUGCAUGCAGGCGCGGAAACGUUCGGUGGUGGUGUCGGAGUCAGAGCAGCAACAGCAGCAGCCGCAGCGGCUGGAACAGGAAGAGCAGUACUUGUACUGUUAGUCGCAAUCGUAGCCACCACAUUAGAGGUAGCUGUAGGAGCUUUUAUACUCGUUAUAGCGUUAGUCGGAGGAGCCUUUGUUUUACGGAUACGGGCGCGAGUAAACGUCAUCAAUAUGCCAUCACUACUGGAAGCGUUGGAACGAAAAUAUUUCACUGAUUGUCAAUUAGAGAAUCUAAACGACGACGAUGCAGCUGCUGAAACAGAAAAGAGCCUCAUAUCCAUUUAUAUACCACGUCUGCCACCGCUGGUCAGCGUGCCCGAAUUAUUGGUAUUGAACGACUGUGACAUUGACUGUGCGGGCGAUUUUGAAGCCAUAAAAGAGAAAUGUCGCCGCGUGCGCGAGCUAGAUCUGGCACAGAAUAAGCUGCACGAUUGGCAAGAGGUCUUCCACAUACUCGAGCAUAUGCCGCGUGUGGAGUUUCUCAAUUUGAGCAAAAACCAUCUGGUCGGCCCAAUAUGCAAUCCAACCACCCUACCCACGAACAGUUUAAGGAGCAUGGUGUUGAACGGCACAUACCUAGAUUGGCCAUGUGUUGAGGUGUUGUUGGAUAAUUUGCCAUUGUUAGAGGAAUUACAUCUCAGUUUGAAUGACUACAAAGAAGUGCUUAUCGAUUCAAUCGAGUGUGCGAGUGCUGGUGAUGAGCGCGAGGAUGAUGUUGCCGUCAAAGCGGCGCAUGCUGUCGUUGACGACGAGGUAACCGAGUGCAACGAGCAUAACGACAACAACAAACAAAGUGACUCACACAAAUUAACCCUCACAAGUACAACGACAGCAAAAGCAACAGCCGCGGCUAUAAUCGAAACAGAAACAUCAGCAACACCACCACCAACACCCACUUCCCCCACAGGCAGUUGCACUGAGCCGCGUUGUAAGCGCAUACAACCACAUCGAAAACUGAAAACACUACAUUUCACCGGCAAUCCCGUUGAAAGUUGGCUCGAAAUUUGCCGUUUGGGACGCGUAUUCCCCAGCCUCGAGAAUUUGGUGCUCGCCGACUGCCCUAUCAAAGCCAUACAAGCCGAUGCGAGUGCCGUUGCGCCAACAGCGGCGGGCGCGAGUGCCACCAAUAACAAUGACUGCACGACCGUCUGCGAAGAAGACGUAGAAAUGUCCAAUAAAACGGAAUGUCCGCAUAAGCAUUUCCACAAUCUACAAUUUCUCAAUCUCAGCUACUCGAACAUAAGUGCCUGGGAUGAUAUAGAUCAGAUAGCGAAAUUCCCGAAACUGCACAAUUUGCGUGUUAAAAACUGGCCACUCUGGGAGCGUCUGGAGUGCACCGAACACGAACGUCGUCAACUGUUAAUUGCACGUUUGCCGAAUGUUAGUCUACUCAACGGCGGUGGCGUGAUCAGCGCUGACGAACGCGAAGAUGCCGAACGCGCUUUCAUACGUCACUACAUGGAUAAGCCCGAAUGGGAGCGUCCGAAGCGCUAUGACGAGUUGGUAGCCAAACAUGGCAAACUAGAUCCGUUAGUUAACAUAAAUCUUAAGCCUGAGAAACGCCUAAAAGUAUUCAUUACCUAUAAGGAUAAGACGGAAACACGCCUGCUUGACGUCUACUGCACUGUGGGCGAUCUGAAGACGCGGUUGGAGAAACUGAUCGAUUUGCCAGCAAAUAAAAUGCGUUUGUAUUAUGUCGAUCAAGAUUUCAAGGAAUUCGGGCCGGAAUUAAUGAAGUACCCCAAUAAGCGACUGUACAGUUAUAAUAUACAAGCGGGCGAUGAAAUUAUUAUCGAUGAGAAGAAAUAGGCGCAGUCGGGCAUAACUAUUCUAAAUACACACACAUAAAUACACUUAACGACUUUAUUGCAGCUGAAUAUCAUGCGAUGCUAUUAAUUAUAUAGGACAAUGUAAAUAUUUUGUAAAGUUAAAAUAUGAGUAUGUAGUUUUAAAGGUACCUUGUAUUUAAAAGGCAUGGUAGCAACAACAAACACAAAGCGCUAUUUACGAAACAAACUGCUGUGGUACACAAGCGUGCUAUAUGAAUUAAUAUAUACGUACGAAUAUACAUACACAUGUGUGUGUGUAUGUACGCGUGCGUAUGUAAUAUACAAAUAAUAAUAAUAAUAAAAUAAAAAAUGGAAAAAAUAUAACAAU